AUGCCUUCGGACGACUCGAGCUCGACUCAGCCGAGUCGUCGACAGAUCUUCGGAACCGGCCUUGCCGCUGCCAUCGUGGUGAGCUUGCCAUCGGGGGCCAGGGCUGAGGUAGAGACCUUCAAGAACCCUUCGGACCUCGGAGACGGUUACCUGAGGUUUUAUGGCGAGGCCACCACGUCUUCGUCGUACGGUGGAUACGGCGGUAAUGAGAAUAACUUCGACAAGUUCAAAUACUACUACGAUAUCCCCCAGGGCUGGACCGUGGACACCGUGAACAAGGUUGAGAAGUCCACAAACGGCACGGACAGUCGCUGGUCCAAUCCGAAGAGCAGCGGGGAGAAGGUGUACUGCGUCACGCUCACAGGCUACAACAGGCUGAAGGAGGAUCGGCAAGGUAUCCUCUCCGAUCUCGCACUCUCCGACUAUAACCUCCAGGAUGCCAUCGUCGCCGCGGAUUCCGUCGAGGUUGUCGACCGCGACGUGAACGGCCAGACGUACGUGGAUUUCGAUCUGUACGGGUUUUUCGGCGCCAUCUUCGCAUCCGUCACGGUCUACGGCGGUCGCCUCUACGCCGUCUUCUCGGUCGUCCCUGACGCUUUGGUGGAGAAGGAUAAGGAGCAGGGUAAGCGCCUCCGCAACUCGUUCGGGACGAUAUCGAAGGAUGAUGAGCAGACGCAGUAUGACCUCGAGUUCUACAAGCGUAGCUGA